CCUGAUCUAUACCAGUAGCAGAAGAGAAUAAAGAAUGCAGACUUAGAGGAAUUAAUCCCUGUAUAUUAAACACUCAGAGCCCAAUUUUGCUCUUACAAUGAUGUAAAUGAGGAUCAAUCUCACUGAAAUCAAAGGAGUGUAUUAUUUUUAUCAUUACAGUCAGAAAAAAGGAAGGCCCAGACACUUCAUGCUUAGUGUGCUGAACAGAGAAAAAUUGGAAUGCCAGGACGCCGUCACACUGUAUACGAUGUUACUGAAAACUCUGACGAUUUUUUCUUGCACUAGAUCAUCCUUUUCGAGGACAGAAACUUCCAGGGCCGCUCCGUUGAGUGCAGCAGCGACCGUCCAGAUUUGCAAAGUCAGCUCAGCCGCUCUAACUCUGUUCGUGUGGAAAGUGGCUGCUUCAUGCUCUAUGAACGUCCCAACUUCCAGGGACAGCAGUUCUUUCUGAAACGGGGGGAUUAUCCUGACAUGCAGUCUGAGGGUUUCAGCACCUCCAUUAAGUCCUGCCGAAUGAUCCCACCUCACAGGGGCACCUACAGGAUAAAGAUCUAUGAGAAGGAGGAUCACAGAGGCAACAUGGUAGAGUUAACCGAGGACUCGCCGCAUGUCAUGGACCAGCUACGUGCCCACGAGAUGCUCUCUUGUUCUGUGCUGGACGGGCACUGGAUCCUUUACGAAUUGCCGAAUUAUAGAGGCCGCCAAUACCUGCUGAGGCCAGGGGAAUACAGGAGAUUCAGCGAUUGGGGCUCUAUGAGUGGCAAAGUCGGCUCUUUGAGACGUGCCACUGAUCUUUACUGAAUCAAGACUCCUUUCGCCUGGAAGGGUCUCAAUGAAUAAAAUGCUUUAACAGCCACUGUGCACUCAACGUGCUGUUGUAAGUGUACUAAGGGGAACGUCAAGGCUUAUCUUGGGCUACGGUAUCAUCUUCUGAACCAAAGUUGUCCCUCAUCUUUCCCUGCCCUCUCACAGCACUGUAUAGCUACUUCCAGCACAAAGGACCCAACGCCAAACACAGGGCUCAGGCCUGGGCAGCCACACAAGGGAGUACGGGAGCACAAGGCUCUGUCCCAAUCAGCUCCAUGGUUUUGCAGACCUUACACAAUAUGCAGUGCAGGACACGUAGUAGGAGCUGAAUCAUAGAGUGAAACAUCCAGGACUUGGACUAUA